CCAACAACAGCCCAGACGACGCUCAACGUCAGCGAAAGUCUCAAUCUAAAUAUUUUGGAUGUUGAAUGGUGUGAGUUUGGCGUGGAUUUUUUGUGAUUAUCGGAAAUUGGAGUUGGAGAAAAUGCUGUUUAGAUGACGAAUGCAGGAAACUGUUUUCCUAAAAUUUAUUUUUAUUUUGGAUUAAUAACAUGCUAUCAUAUCAUUCUUGGCAAGUUUCUACCGGAUCAUUAAAAAGAGAAUCGCGCGAUUCAGAAGUUAUUACAACAAUAACAGGAUCAUUUAUUAGUACGGAAGAUUUAGAAGAUUUAGAUGAAAGUGAAAUAAGAAGACAAUUAUUAAGAGAUCAAUGGAGAUUAUUUUUUGAUCAAUUUGAUCCGGAAGGAUUCGGGGAAAUACCCUGGAAGGAAUUUCUCAAAGUCAUUGAAAGACCUGAAUUUCGCCAAAGAGUUGGAUCGGGGAAAAGGGAGAUUUUCCAAGAAAAAGGAAAAAAUGCCACAACUGAUUCCAUAACGUUUCAAGAUUUCGUUAAUGUGAUGACCGGCAAGCGAACGAGAAGCUUUAAAUGUGCAGUACACCACAGGGACAGGGAGGUAUCCUCAGAGAACGAUUUCCACUUGCUGCUAGUCGAACCUACUUUAUUCACCAGAAUGGUUCGAGCUGUCGCGGAGGAGUUUCUCACGGACGAAAGGGACCGGAAAUAUUUCGCGGACCAAUACACUUGUUGGCCACCACCGAUUUUUGUCAUCUUAAUCACUUUAGUGGAGUUGGCAUUUUUUGUUUAUUACACUGUGACAACGGGUGAAAUGAAUUCAUCCGGACCAGUACCCAUCGAUUCAAUAUUUAUUUAUCGGCCAGAUCGAAGAACGGAAGUGUGGAGAUUCGUUUUGUACAUGAUGUUACACGCCGGAUGGUUACAUUUAGGAUUCAAUUUGGUCGUUCAAUUAUUAGUUGGUUUACCCUUAGAAAUGGUUCAUGGAUCUGGAAGAGUUUUCGUAAUUUACAUGGCUGGCGUAUUAGCUGGUUCUUUAGGCACUUCCGUUUUUGACACCAAAGUUUGCCUUGUUGGAGCAUCCGGCGGAGUUUACGCCCUUUUAGCAGCUCAUUUAGCAAACGUAUUAUUAAAUUAUGUUAAUAUGCAAUGCGGAAUUUUAAGGCUAUUAGGAAUAUUUGCUAUUGCUUCCUGUGAUGUUGGUUACGCAAUUUUCUCUCGAUACAACGUUGAGACUUUAGGUCCGCCAGUCUCAUACGUUGCUCAUUUAACUGGAGCUUUAGCUGGUUUAACUAUAGGAUUAUUAGUUCUUAAAAAUUUCGAGCAAAAACUUCACGAACAACUUCUCUGGUGGGUUGCUUUAGGUGUAUAUGCGGCUUGUACAAUAUUCGCCGUUUUAUUUAACGUUAUGAACCCAUCGGUUGAUAUCAAAACGAUAGAUAAUGUUGAUGACGGCGUUAAAAGUCAAUAUGUUUAUAACAGGCUUUUUGGAGUGUGAACUAAAACAAUUUUCUUUUUCAUGUAAAUUCUUCAUGUAAAUAAUAAUUUAUUAUUCAGCGAAAGCCAAAGACUGAAAACAACCCGAAAAAUGUCGCCUUUUU